CGCCGCGGCGGCACUCCGCUGGGCCCGGGACGAGCUGGCGGCGGCGAGAUACUAGGGCAGCGGUGCCGUCAGCCUGCUUCGCUCUCACAGUCCGGCUGCCGCGCGUCGCUCGCACACGCGCCGCCAUGGGCUCCUGAGGUCCCUGCGGUGCGUCUGGCACCGCGCCAGGCCUACAGAGAGAUGACUCAGGUGUGGGGAGACGGGAGCACUGUCAGAGCAGACCUCACGGAGCCAGCACGGUGCGGCUGGGCGGGAGUGAGUGGGCCGGCCCUCGGUGAGGCCGUGACAUUGAGGAUGACCUGCCAGCUCAUCGCUUACCCCGAGGGUUUCUCUCAGGAAGCCCCCUGCUGCCGGGCACCAUGACUGUGAAGGGGGCCGCACUGGCCCCAGAUCCAGCGUCGCCCACAACAGCAGCAGCCUCACCCAGUGUCUCCGUGAUGCCCGAAGGCAGCCCCACGGCCAUGGAGCAGCCCGUGUUCCUGAUGACAACCGCCGCUCAGGCCAUCUCUGGCUUCUUCGUUUGGACGGCCCUGCUCAUCACCUGCCACCAGAUCUACAUGCACCUGCGCUGCUACAGCUGCCCCAACGAGCAGCGCUACAUUGUCCGCAUCCUCUUCAUCGUGCCCAUCUACGCCUUCGACUCCUGGCUCAGCCUCCUCUUCUUCACCAACGACCAGUACUACGUGUACUUCGGCACCGUGCGCGACUGCUACGAGGGGACUUUAUUGAACACCUGCUGCAUGCCUCGCGUUCGCCCACGUGGGACCUCAUUGAAUCCCCAGGCUGGCCCGGCUCUGUCAGCCUUGGUCAUCUAUAAUUUCCUGAGCCUGUGCUAUGAAUACCUUGGAGGGGAAAGUUCCAUCAUGUCAGAGAUCAGAGGGAAGCCCAUCGAGUCCAGCUGUAUGUAUGGCACGUGCUGCCUCUGGGGAAAGACUUACUCCAUCGGAUUUCUGCGAUUCUGCAAGCAGGCCACCCUGCAGUUCUGCGUGGUGAAGCCGCUCAUGGCUGUCAGCACCGUGAUCCUCCAGGCCUUCGGCAAGUACCGAGAUGGUGACUUUGACGUCACCAGUGGCUACCUCUACGUGACCAUCAUCUACAACAUCUCCGUCAGCCUGGCCCUCUACGCCCUCUUCCUCUUCUACUUUGCCACCCGGGAGCUGCUCAGCCCUUACAGCCCCGUCCUCAAGUUCUUCAUGGUCAAGUCUGUCAUCUUUCUCUCCUUCUGGCAAGGCAUGCUCCUGGCCAUCCUGGAGAAGUGUGGGGCCAUCCCCAAGAUCCACUCGGCCCGCGUGUCGGUGGGUGAGGGCACUGUGGCUGCUGGCUACCAGGACUUCAUCAUCUGCGUGGAGAUGUUCUUUGCAGCUCUGGCCCUGCGGCACGCCUUCACCUACAAGGUCUAUGCUGACAAGAGGUUGGACGCACAAGUGCCGACAUACGGCCCUUACGGCCGCUGCGCCCCCAUGAAGAGCAUCUCCAGCAGCCUCAAGGAGACCAUGAAUCCGCACGACAUCGUGCAGGACGCCAUCCACAACUUCUCGCCCGCCUACCAGCAGUACACGCAGCAGUCCACCCUGGAGCCCGGGCCCACCUGGCGCGGGGGUGCCCACGGCCUCUCGCGCUCCCACAGCCUCACUGGUGCCCGGGACAAUGAGAAGACUCUCCUGCUCAGCUCUGAUGACGAGUUCUAGGUGCGGCUGCUGGUGGGGAAGGACUGGGACCUUGGCCCAGGGCAGGGUGUGCCCCUCCUCCAGCCUCACGUCCAGGCUGGGAGGCAGGCUGCCGCAGCUUUGGCAGUGCCCUUUAAUUUAUUGGACCAGAAACACAUAUCGCUUCAAGAGGAACAGCCAGAUGCUGUCUGCCCAGGGGGUGGCCCAGGCUCACCCAGGAGCCUUCAGGAAUAUCUAUACAAGGCCAAGGCUCUACUGCCUGCACGACGGGCAGAGGACAGUGGGAGCGACCCCCACGUCCCUGUGGCUCGUCCUUUGGCGGCAGCGUGUUGGGACCAGCCGUGCCCAGGCCCAGAGCUUGUGUUGUGGACCAGCGGCUGCAGCCUUCUCAGCCCCUCCCCAGUAAGACGUACAGCCCCUCCCCCAAACACCGUGCAAUACUCUGACCAGGGCUCUCCUUCCCGCCUGCUCCCUCCCCUGUCCCCUUGUCUGAUGCUAGAUUAGCCUCAGCCUGGGCGGGAGGAGGGAGGAGGGAGCACGGAUGCUCUCUGUGGACCUUCCUCCUGACCCAGGCCUAACUGGCAUGCUUCAGGGAUCAGAGCCAGACACCAAGAGCCAUGGGUCCCACCUCAGAAGGAUGCCCAGGUGCAUCUGGGCUCCUGAGUGUCCUCUCUGUGGCUGCACCUUCCGCCUGCCUCGUGCCCCUUCCUCCUGGCCUGCUGAAGACAGCCAGCCGCCCACACUGCCCUCCCACUUGCGGUCUUUCCUCUUGAGAGCAUUUUGGGUAGAGCCCUUGCUUCCCAGCUACUCAAAGGGUCAGGGGUUCCCACCCCUCCUUCCCAGGCAGAGCAGUCAGCACCUCUGCUGGAUCCUGGUCUCUCUCCCUGGGGCUGCUCCCUCCUGUUUCCUGGGGAGGGUCCGGUCUCUGCAUUUCAGACCAGCUUCCAGCUUCCGGAGGAGCACAGCCCUCCGGGAGGGAGGAGGGAGGGAUGGGGCAUGUGGCGGGGAGCCAGGAGAUGGGGGACUCCUCUCUCUGGCCCCGUGUCCAAACAGGGCCUGGUGUCCUGCCUCGUCUGGCCCCAAGGACCAUCUCUUCUGUGCCUUAGUCACAUAUGGAAGCCUCCCCUCACUAGGCCCUCAGCCUGUCCCAGACACUCCCAGGGGGCUCCCUGUUAAGCUGCUGGCGCUCAGAGGAUCCUGCAGUGCUGGGCCAAGUGCCCUUGGACAGGCCUCGGGUGGCCAGGACCACCAGUCCCCUCCCCCUCCCCCACCUCCACGCCCACAUCAUGGAGCCUCCCGGGGCCAGAGCCCCCAGGCAGGCCGGGCUUACGCUGGCCACUGUCUUCGGAAGAGCCUUGUGAUGGGACACAGUGCACGUUCAUACAGGCAGAGCGUUCUGUCACUUGAAACCCAGAGAGCACAUGAGUUUGGGCUGCAACAGCCUGGAGGAGGGGGCAGAGUGGGGGAGAAGGGCCCUGCCCUGUGGGCGCAGAACUUCGCUGUGGCAUCUCUCCUUCUGGCCACUCUUGGACUGAACUGUGCCGGGGGCGGGCGGGGAGGGGGGGGUGUCCAUCCCAGUCAUCUUGCCCGGCCUCCUUCAGUGACCAAGCCAGCCCUGCAGGUGGCGGGCACACAGGCCUGCAUGUCUGGUACCGGAGGUCAGCUCUCAGGUCCCUGGCGGGCCUGGGCAGUGGUGGCAGCCUAUGCAGGAGGCAGCAGGUCGGUGCAGGCCGUCCCAGGAGGACCUCUAUCCGCCCCACCAUCUGCUCUCAUGAAUCGGUUUCUCUGAUUCUCCUUCCAGGCCAAAGUGUGCUGCUGACUCCCUGCCCCACCGGGCUUUGCCUACCCUGCCACCUGCCCGCUGGCAUGGUGGGUGCGGGGCUCCGUGGCAGGGAGCUAGCAGCCCCUGGGGGGAUGGGGCUGGGAACGCGUGCCCAAGCACUCCACCCCCCCUUCCUAGGAUGUGUAAUCUGCCUUGUCUUUUUGUUUUUUAUUUUUUUGUUAAUUUUUCCCCCAGUAGAGUAGCUCUUUGUACAUAAAAAAUACUUGAAAAAUUAAUUGUAUGAUGUAUGAGAAGACAGAGUCCCCUAGUUUUGUAUCUCGUGUAUGACUGCCAUGAGUUCCACCAGAAAGCCGCUCUAUUUUGGUCUCUGUGACAUUUUAAAUGCGUGACAGAAGUGAGCAAAUACAGUGAGAAAGAACUAUAUAUAUGAAAUAAUAUAGAUUGUAUUGAAAUCUC